ACAGGAAAAUCAUGUUUCUCAGUCUGUGUUAUUAGGUACAGCUUGUCCACUUGGGCUGGUGCCGCUCAGAAUAGCGGGCCUAAGAAUCCUCACAUAUAUAACGAUUGGCUGAUCAUAGCCGAUUCCGAGGAUAAAGUGAUGGAAGACACACGCCGUGUGAUCGCUCACAUCACAUCUCUCGGCUUCAGGGUGAGCGAGAGCAAGAGCAACUUCUCUCCGAGCCAGAUCACCGUGUUUCUGGGUCUGGAGCUGAAUUCAGUGUCAAUGCAUGCCCGCUUAUCGCGGGAGCGCAUCCUCUCAUUCAUGAAUUCUCUCACAAUUCAAGGAACGAGCGCGGGUGCAGUAUCGCGCAUGUCUCCGAUUACAGGGUCUUGGCAUCGGCAAUUCAAGUUUUGCCUCUGGGCAUUCUGAGAAUGAGGGCUUAUAUGAAGUGGGUCCUAUCUCUCCACCUCAGCCCCUUGCACGAUCUCUGUCACACCGUUACAGUGACGCGCUCGUGCUUAACAGCGCUGCGCCACUGGAGGAAGACGGAGUUUUACGUUCAUGGAACGCCUCUAGGAGCGAUCAUGUUGCGGAAAGUGGUUACGACGGAUGUGUCCUUAACAGGAUGGGGAGCCACACAAGAGGGCAGAAAAGUGAACGGUGUGUGGCCAAACACUCUUCACUUAGCCCAUAUAAACUAUUUGGAGCUCCUCUCUGUUUGGAAGGCUCUGAGGCAUUUUUUGCCCCGCCUCCAGGGACAUCAUGUGCUGAUACGCUGCGACAACACCACUGCAGUAGCAUAUAUAAAUCACCAGGGGGGCAUGCAUUCCUCCAAGCUCCAUGCUCUGGCUCACAAGCUGUUGGUAUGGAGCAGGCAACAUUUUCUGUCCGUACGAGCCACCCAUGUUCCGGGCGUUCUGAACAGGGGAGCGGACCUUCUAUCGAGGGGGAAUCCACUCUAUGGAGAUUGGCGUCUCCACCCUCAGGUAGUGGGCCUUCUGUGGCAGAGAUUCGGCCAGGCUGCCUCACAGGGUCGUAGCCAGAACUUUUUUUAGAGGUGGCCAGGGUGUGAUAUGGUUCGACCGAGGUCAACACUUGAGGUGACUGCAUAUUCAGGAGAGUCUGUAGUUCUGCCCUGCUCCUGUACUGAACCACUGGCUAAACCUCACCAGCUGAAAUGGAAGUAUGUGAGGAAUUAUAAAGAAAUUUAUCCAUCUGAACACAUUAAGAGGUACAAGAACAGAGUUACACUGUUAAAUCAAACCACACCAGGAAAUCUCUCUCUACUCGUCUCAUCACUGACCAAAGAGGAUGAUGGAGACUAUCGAUGUUCUGCGUCAUCUGACCAGUAUACCUACAUCAGACUUCAUGUUAAAGGGUGUGAUAUGGUUCGACCGGAGCCAACACUUGAGGUGACUGCAUAUUCAGGAGAGUCUGUAGUUCUGCCCUGCUCCUGUACUGAACCACUGGCUAAACCUCACCAGCUACAAUGGAAGUAUGUGAAGAAUCAUGAAGAAAUUUAUCCAUCUGAACACAUUGAGAGGUACAAGAACAGAGUUACACUGUUAAAACAAACCACACCAGGAAAUCUCUCUCUACUCCUCUCAUCACUGACCAAAGAGGAUGAUGGAGACUAUCAAUGUUCUGCGUCAUCUGACCAGUCUAUCUACAUCAGACUUCAUGUUAAAGGGUGUGAUAUGGUUCGACCGAGGUCAACACUUGAGGUGACUGGAUAUUCAGGAGAGUCUGUAGUUCUGCCCUGCUCCUGUACUGAACCACUGGCUAAACCUCACCAGCUACAAUGGAAGUAUGUGAAGAAUCAUGAAGAAAUUUAUCCAUCUGAACACAUUGAGAGGUACAAGAACAGAGUUACACUGUUAAAACAAACCACACCAGGAAAUCUCUCUCUACUCGUCUCAUCACUGACCAAAGAGGAUGAUGGAGACUAUCAAUGUUCUGCGUCAUCUGACCAGUACACCUUCAUCAGACUUCAUGUUAAAGGGUGUGAUAUGGUUCGACCGAGGUCAACACUUGAUGUGACUGCAUAUUCAGGAGAGUCUGUAGUUCUGCCCUGCUCCUGUACUGAACCACUGGCUAAACAUCACCAGCUACAAUGGAAGUAUGGGGGGAAUCAUGAAGAAAUUUAUCCAUCUGAACACAUUGAGAGGUACAAGAACAGAGUUACACUGUUAAAACAAACCACACCAGGAAAUCUCUCUCUACUCCUCUCAUCACUGACCAAAGAGGAUGAUGGAGACUAUCGAUGUUCUGCAUCAUCUGACCAGUAUACCUUCAUCAGACUUCAUGUUAAAGAGAAACCACAUGUCCAUAAAACAUCAACAUCUCAACCAUCAUGCAGCAUACAGCAAGAGCAUACAACUACUCAACCGCAAGAAAAACAAACACACCACACAACUCUGUAUGUCUUUUGCGUCAAAACUGGGCUUUCUGAUAUUUCAACUCCUGGAGAUGCAGAGGAGGAAAACAAAACUGACCAGCGAUAGUCCAGAUCUAACAAGAGAACAGGAGAAUAAGGAUGACCAUUCUCGAUCAAGAUAUUCUGGUGUAUUUGAUUUUAACCAGUAUCUACACCAGCAGCCAUUCAGAAUAGUCCGAUAGACCACAAGGAAUAUGCCAUAUGUAAUAUGAAAAAUGGAUUUAAAAUUUUCUGAUUUUAAACAUUAGUAUCUACAUUAUAAAUAAUAUUUUUAUAGCAGAUUUGAUAAAGAUUUUAAAAAAUUAUGAAAAAUUAUAUAUAUAAGUUGUUUGUUGUCUUAUAGUUUUUUGUAACAAACUUUUAUGUACUAUUGUGUAGUUUUGUGUACUAUUGUUUUUUUAUAUAUUUAAUCUCAAUCAUAAAUAUACAUUGACAUUGACAGUAGAAGUAAAACUAGAAUUUUCUCCAAUGCCUAAAAGUUUUUGUAAAUAAAAAUGUACAUUUUUUUAAAUUACAUUUAUUUACAUAAUUGUGAAUUUACCUAAAUCCCCAAAAGCAAAUCUUUGGUAUUUGAUUGUGGCAAUGUCACUGCAGAAAUGUCAAUAACUUGUGGGUCAACAGGUGCAACAGGCUGACUCACCUGUAUCCUCAUAAAUAUUUGAUCUGCUGCUCAUUGAAAAUAUUACUUUCUGCAAACAAGUUUUAUUUACAUUUACAAUUAGGCAUUUAGCAGACGCUUUUAUUAAAAGUAUAGUGAGGAAAAAUAAAUGAUUCCUAGGAAAGCAAUAAUGUGAGGAAAAACCUUUUACAUUUAAAUAUAUACAAUGACAUGAAACAAGUAAUUGUGUGAAGUUGUGAAGACUUGUGAAGUCUUUUCAGGUUGUGUAUUUUUUAAAAGUAGUUCCUAAAUAAUUGACAAAAACUUUAGGAAACAUUUUAGGAAAAAACCUACUGUAAUAAUCUCAACCCUAGCUGCAAGAUGUGCAAUGUUCUGCCGACAAUAGACGAAACAAAACACGGCACAACACCCACAUAAUGAUUCUGUAUGACAGGAUGUAACUUUUUACCAAGACUUUUAUUUAACUUUUUUGUUCAUAUGUUUAAAUAGAUUUGUGCCUAUGCUUUCUUUUUUAAUGUGUAUUUGUGUGAAAAUGUGUAUCUAAUGUUUCUAUGAUGUGGCAAUGUAAAGAUUAUUUUACUAUGCCAAUAAAGCUUUUCUGAAUCUUGAAUUUAGUGUUUUUCAUCCACGCAUUUUUUCAGCUUUGUUAAGGUUUGCAUCAUUUCGGACAACACCGUGACUUGCCUGAGCUAAAUGUCUCACCAAUACUUUCAUGUUUAAUGAUAAUAGGCUAUAAAAAAGUAACUAUAUUUUUUUAAAGAUUCCUUUUAUUUUUAAGACUGUUACUGUACUUACAGUCUGAAGGUGCACUUCAACUAAAUCAUUUUAUGGGGUUCAUCUAACGAACAAUGUUGAAAAUUAAAUCA